GAGUUUUUCAUCAGUAUGUCUGAAACCAUUAAAUACAAUGACGACGAUCACAAAACUGUGUUCCUGAAAACCUUGAACGAGCAACGCCUGGAAGGGGAGUUCUGCGACAUCGCCAUCGUGGUGGAGGAUGUUAAGUUCCGAGCACACAGGUGCGUGCUGGCUGCCUGCAGCACCUACUUCAAAAAGCUCUUCAAAAAACUGGAAGUGGACAGCUCGUCGGUGAUAGAGAUAGAUUUUCUUCGUUCUGAUAUCUUCGAGGAGGUUCUCAACUACAUGUACACGGCGAAGAUUUCUGUUAAGAAAGAGGAUGUGAAUUUGAUGAUGUUUGGCAUUCGGUUCCUGGAUAAACUCUGCUCUCAAAAAAGGGACGUGUCGAGCCCUGAAGACAACACCCAGUCCAAAAGCAAGUACUGUCUGAAAAUCAACCGCCCCAUGGGGGAGCCCAACGACACCCAGGACGACGAGGUGGAAGAGAUUGGAGAUCACGACGACAGCCCGUCGGACGUGACGGUGGAAGGGACUCCCCCCAGCCAAGAGGAUGGCAAAUCCCCCACCACCACCCUCCGUGUCCAGGAGGCCAUUCUGAAGGAGCUGGGCAGCGAAGAGGUUCGGAAAGUCAACUGCUACGGGCAAGAGGUGGAGCCCAUGGAGGCGACGGAAUCGAAGGACUUGGGCUCUCAGACCCCUCAGGCUCUGACCUUUAAUGAUGGUAUCAGCGAGGUGAAGGACGAGCAGACCCCAGGCUGGACCACGGCCGCUGGGGACAUGAAGUUUGAGUACCUGCUCUACGGCCACAGGGAGCACAUCGUGUGCCAGGCUUGUGGCAAGACCUUCUCCGACGAGGCGCGGCUGAGGAAGCACGAGAAGCUCCACACGGCCGACAGGCCCUUCGUGUGUGAGAUGUGCACCAAGGGCUUCACCACCCAGGCCCACCUGAAGGAGCACCUGAAGAUCCACACGGGUUACAAGCCCUACAGCUGCGAGGUGUGCGGCAAGUCCUUCAUCCGCGCCCCCGACCUGAAGAAGCACGAAAGGGUCCACAGCAACGAGAGGCCCUUCGCCUGCCACAUGUGUGAUAAAGCUUUCAAGCACAAGUCCCACCUCAAAGACCACGAGAGGAGGCACCGAGGAGAGAAGCCUUUUGUCUGCAGCUCCUGCACGAAGGCCUUCGCCAAAGCCUCGGAUCUGAAGAGGCACGAGAACAACAUGCACAGCGAGAGGAAACAGGUCACGGCGGCCAACUCCAUCCAGAGUGAGACAGAGCAGCUACAGGCAGCAGCUAUGGCUGCUGAGGCAGAGCAGCAGCUGGAAACUAUAGCCUGUAGUUAA